AUGACGCUGAUGGGGACGACGACGUCCACGAUAACUGCGAGGCGCUUACGAGUACGACAGCCACAUGACGCUGAUGGGGACGACGACGUCCACGACAACUGCGAGGCACUUAUAGAGCUGAAGGAGGGAGAGAACGCUUGCAUAGAAUAUAUCAACAUGUCGACGUUCCGGCUUUUCGGUCUGGUUUUCUUUUCUCUCGCGACAUAUGCUUUUGUCGGUGAUGACUUUUACAACAUCGUCAACUCCAACAGUAUCGUAUCGUCCGAGAACGCAGAGGUACAGACCUUCUCAGGAAAUAAUAGCAUCGCCACAGACUACUUUAGAGCGCUGGAGAGAGAUGAUAAUUCUAUACUCGUCGGAGGAAGAAAUGCGAUAUAUAACCUUUCGAUUAGGGACAUGCAAGAAAACAUAGACCAAAGAAUAAUAUGGCCUCCGACCGAGAGAGGCGUUCGCGAUUGUUUAAUGAAGGGAAAAUACGAGGAGGAUUGUCAGAAUUAUAUUCGGGUCAUAAAGAGAGUAGACGGAGAACAGUUUCUAGUCUGUGGCACAAACGCUUAUAGUCCUCUAUGUCGUCGAUACGUUCGACUGGCCGACGGCGCUAGUUUUAAUUAUACCGAAACGAAGAGCGGCGUUGGCCAAUGUCCUUUCGGUCCUAGACAGAACUCUACACACGUGUAUGUCGGUGGCGAGUUGUAUUCCGGGACGGUGGCAGAUUUUCAGGGUAUAACUCACGUCAUUUCCAAGAAUCAACUUACGACAAGAGCGGCCGUGUACGAACAGCUUAACGAUCCCAGCUUUGUGCACUCUUUCGAUUAUGGCGACUUUAUCUAUUUCGUCUUUCGUGAAACUGCCCUAGAAUCCUUAAACUGCGGCAAACGGGUCUAUUCGAGAAUUGCUCGCGUGUGCAAGAACGACCGAGGCGAUAAGAAGACCCAGACCAAAUGGACGUCUUUCCUGAAAAGCAGACUCAACUGUUCUGUUCCCGGAGAAUACCCUUUCUAUUUCGACGAAGUUCAGUCGGUCACGAAUGCCAUCACCGGCACCUACGGGGGACAGAUUCGCGAUAUCAUCUAUGCCGUGUUCACAACGCCGCCCAACUCCGUCUCGGGGUCUGCCGUGUGCGCUUUCUCUAUCCGCUCCAUUCAGGAUACUUUCGAUGGGGAUUUUAAGGGACAGGAAACACAACAAUCGAACUGGCUUCCCGUACCUCGGAGUAAGAUACCCAAAAGUCGACGACCAGGUUCUUGUAUUCCUACGGAUGAGGCUCUUCCCGACGAUGAAUUUGUCGGCUUCAUACAGUCACACGCUCUCAUGGAUGCAGCUGUUCCCGGAUUUUUUAACCGCCCAUUCGUCAGUGCAUUCGGAUACCGCUUUACUACGAUCGCCGUUGACCCUCAAGUCCGGCUUCAAGAUGGACGGACUAUCGAUGUUCUUUUUUUAGGAGCAGGAGCAGCUCUGUCCAUAGUUAAACUCAUCAACGUUAUAUCGUACGAAAAUAUAGAUUCUGCAGAGCCGAUUAUUAUCGAAGAGAUUCGAAUUUUCUCGCGACCAGCGACUAUAACUAACAUGUACCUCGUGAAAGAAACAAAUGUAGGAGAAGAGCAAAGUAAAGGAGGGAGGCUGGUGAUAUUAACGCAUGACGAGGCAAAAUCUAUUGACACUCAACGCUGUCACAGAGCCAUGACAUGCAAAUCCUGCGUCAGUUUAAGAGAUCCGUAUUGCGGUUGGGACGUUCAUGAGAGAAAGUGUGUCAAAAUUUCGUUGGGUUCUAAUACUGGAGAAUCUAUGGUCCUUCAAAACAUAACCGGGUAUCACUACCAGUGUUCUGUUGUUGAUGAGGACGAUCAUGAUAACGAUGACGAUGAUCAGGGUGACGAUAACAACGACGAUGAAUUUUGUGAUAACGAUAAACACUCAAUCGACCAUGAGAGUUCUUUGAUACUCUACAAUGAUAACACAUCGACAGAGUAUCCGUAUGAUGAUACAACGGAUGAUAGUAUUUCGACAGAGUAUAUAACGGAGGUUGAUAUUUCGACAGAGUUAUAUGCACCCACGCACGGAGCCCGUAUAUCCUAA